AUGUCUAUCCAACUUGGGUUUGAUCACCUUAUCAUCGACAACGCGCUCGUUUUCGUCAAGGAUGUAAAAGAAAAGAAUAUCAUUCUGCUGAGAACCGACAACUGCUGCUUCGAGUUGGAGCUGUCGGUAAGUAGUGAGAAAUUGAAAAAACGAACAACUGACAAGGUGGUAAUAGUGAACGUACGGAGAAUGACAGUCAGAAAGAGGCGUAUGCAACAAAUCAUCGGAAAUGAGUUCUCUGCCUGAUAAGACCGGUUUGAGUGGGGAUAACCAAGUAGCAGCGAAAGUGAAAGUGAGAAGGAAAAGGUACGAUAUUUUGUUUAUUACGAACCACUCGUCAAAGAUCAGAUACAAAAAAGUUCAGUUACAGUAACCCAAAAUAUCGUUGCAGAAAAUCGCAGAGACGCUCUACUACCGUACCCACCACUUUCUCUGCUUUUUGGUAAGGUUUGAAAACAACAAACGUUUGUUCAAACGCGUCGAACGUUUCAGGGAACCCCGGAUGCCUCGACUCACAGAUAUUUCCAUCACGUGGUCGAUCUAAGAAGAGGCAAUUUCGACCGUCUGGAGUACAUCAUGGUCAACGCCACCACUCCGUACCAUGAGGUUUGUACAAAAAUUGGGUUGGGAAGCGUAAGAAUCGCAAAUGACUCAUUUUGCAAACCGACAAAACCAUUUCCGUGCGACAGAGGCUACCGAACACAUGGAAAGGGCACGAGUACGGAAAAAUCUGCAAAUUUCAUCUUGAAUCUUGGUUAGCAAUUCUACAAAGUUUUCAGCGAAUGAACGGUCUCCUCCUUGAACUCCUGGCCACCUCCCUCUACAACGAAUCGCUCGCCGAGCACUACCUCGAGAUGAUCGAAAAUGAAACCAUCAUCGAAGGAAUCUUCGCCGAUCAAUACGUCGACUAA